GUUUGGAGUGUCAUUGUGGUGAGUGAUGUUCUCAGAGGUGUUAACCUGAGGAAGGUAUUAUGGAGUUAGAGGAUAAAGCCUUAUGAAAGAUGUUGAGUCAGGUGGAUCCGUCUGAGUGUGUGUCUGUUGCAGGGCUUAUUGUUCACUUUGCCAUCAGACUCAAGACGUCGUGCUGGAUGCGUUCCUCUGCAUCUCAUGAUCUAAUCCCACACUUCUUCUCCGGUGAGGACCAGUCUCACUGUGCUGAGCUCCAAUGCUCUCGCUGUGACCCUUCAGCUGCCAGUCUCGUCUCGUUCUCACUCCGAAAGUCCCAGUUCAGUUCCCUCGCCUCGCCAUGGACAUCGGCGGCCUGACGACGGUGGUGGCCAACUCGGCGUACAUCUCGGCCCGUGGCAGUUUCGACGGCACGGCUAACCCGGCGGCCAACCGAGACAAGAAGUACCAUGCCAAACUCAAGCUGCCCCACAUCACGGUGUGCGAAGGUCUGAGAGAAACUCUGGAUCUGCAGUUUAAGAGCAUCUGCGUGGAGCAACCCAUUGGUAAGCGACUGUUUCAAGAGUUUCUGGAAACCACCAACGAGUAUAAAGGCCCUUGUCGCCUCUGGAAGGACAUCGAGACGUAUGACACCGCCGAGGAUAAAGACCGAGCUCAGAAAGCCGCCAAAAUCCUCCAGCGUUACAUGGAGCCUUCGGCCAAGCACUUCUGCCCGUUUUUACCCGAGAACGACAUCACCAAGGUGAAGGAGCGGCACGAGGAGGCGGCGGAUGACCUGUUCGUGCAGAUCCUGGCCAGCGUUUUUGACUUCCUCAAAGAGGUCCCCUUCACCUUCUAUCUAGAGACCAUGUACUUUAAGCGUUUCCUCCAGUGGAAGUGGCUGGAGAUGCAGCCCGUAGCCGAGGACUGGUUCCUGGACUUCCGUGUUCUGGGAAAGGGUGGAUUCGGGGAAGUGUCCGCCUGUCAGAUGAAGGCCACGGGGAAGCUGUACGCCUGCAAGAAGCUCAACAAGAAGAGGCUGAAGAAGAGGAAAGGCUAUGAGGGUGCUAUGGUAGAGAAACGGAUCCUGGCUCGAGUUCACAGUAGAUUCAUCGUGUCGCUGGCUUACGCCUUCCAGACCAAAACAGAGCUGUGUCUGGUGAUGACCAUCAUGAACGGAGGAGACCUGAGGUACCACAUCUAUAAUGUGGAUGAGAAUAACCCAGGGUUUUCUGAAGCCAGAGCGUGUUAUUAUGCUGCUCAGAUCAUUCAAGGACUGGAGCAUCUUCACCAGAAGAGAAUCAUCUACAGAGACCUGAAGCCAGAAAACGUUCUGCUAGAUAAUGAAGGUCACGUCCGUAUCUCUGACCUCGGCUUGGCUGUGGAGCUCGCAGAUGACCAGCUCAAAACCAAAGGCUACGCUGGAACUCCAGGGUUCAUGGCCCCGGAGCUGCUCAAGGGUGAAGAAUAUGAUUACUCAGUAGAUUACUUUACUCUCGGGGUCACGCUGUACGAGUUCAUCGCCGCCAAAGGACCCUUCAGGACUCGAGGAGAGAAGGUGGAGAAUAAAGAGGUGAAGAAGCGGAUCCUGAAUGACCCGGUGACCUACCCAGAAUCCUUCAGUGAGAAAGCCAAGUCUGUCUGUGAGGGUCUGCUGGCUAAAGAGGUGGACAAGAGGCUGGGCUUCAAGAAUGGCUCGUGUGAUGAGCUGCGCACGCAUCCCUUCUUCAGCGAAAUCAACUGGAGGAAACUGGACGCAGGGAUUCUGCCGCCUCCUUUUGUACCGGAUUCCAAGACGGUCUACGCUAAGAAUCUGGACGAUGUGGGCGCUUUCUCCACAGUGAAGGGGGUCUGUCUGGAGGAUGAUGACAAGACGUUCUACGAUGAGUUUGCGUCGGGGAACAUCUCCAUCCCCUGGCAGGAGGAGAUGAUCGAGACGGGCAUCUACGGCGAGCUGAACGUGUGGGGUCCGAACGGCACGGUGCCCAACGACCUGCGCCGAGAGUCCAUCCUGGAGCAGCCGCCCAAAUCCUCCACCUGCAGCAUCUCCUAACCACCGCAGAUCACUACACACAUGCACUUCCAGCUUCAGCUGCUUUCAACAGCUCCACGCCCGGGACACCGGAGCACAAAACCAGUCUUGAGGGUCAGUUUUUUGAAAUUGAGAUAAUCUGAAAGCUGAAUAAAUGAUCUCUCCAUUGAUGUCUGGUUUGUUAGGAGGACAAUAUUUGAUAAUCUGGAAUCUGAGGGUGCAAAAAAAUCUAAAUAUUGAGAAAAUCAUCUUUAAAGUUGUUCAAAUGAAGUUCUUAGCAAUGCAUAUUACUAAUAAAAAAUUAAGUUUUGAUAUAUUUACGGUAGGAAAUUCACAAAAUAUCUUCAUAGAACAUGAUCUUUACUUAAUAUCCUAAUGAUUUUUGUCAUAAAAGAUAAAUGUAUAAUUGUGACCCAUACAAUGUAUUGUUGUGUAUUGCUACAAAUAUACCUGUGCUGCUUAUGACUGCUUCUGUGCUGCAGGGACACAUGUAUUCUGAAAGCUCAGGGUGAAGGGUGCACUGCUCUGAGUAUUUAUAUUAGUGAUUAUUGAUCUUAUUAUUAUUGAGUUUAUUGAGCAGUGAACAGAGUUCAAGCUCCGUUCUGUUCAAGCACGUUUAGCAUUUAGGCUUUUAAACAGAACCGAAUGAGAGAAAGAAUAUCUAAGUAUAAGGAAAGAAUAAAGAGCGAAAUGCUUUGCUGUCUUUCUUUUGACAUCCAUAAAGCUCAGUCGGGAAUAACUGGAAGAAAACUGCACAAAAAGGCUUAUCUUGCUUCGUAUUUUUUCUCUUGUUUCUAGUCAAAAUAUCUAUAAAUUCUUAAUUUAAAAUGCAUUUGCUAGAUUUGUUUGUAUGGGGGAAAAAUCUAAAUUAAGUGCAUUUGGCUCAUAAUAAAUAAAAUGAUCUGCCAGUGGGGUAAAAUAUUUUUAAAACAAGAGUAUUUUCUUUACUCCACUUGCAGAACAUUUGACUUUUUUAAGCAAAAUGCACUUAAUUUAGUUUUUUGUGGCCUGGAAACAUGACUAAAUAUCUUACGUCAUUAUGCUUGUCUAGUAAUGCAUCUUAAUUUAAGAAUUUAUAGAUAUUUCGUCUAGAAACAAGACAAAAAUACCAAGUAAGAUAAGGCUUUUUUUUUUUUUUGCAGUGUUCUCAUGUUGUGUUUGGGUUUUGUGUUCUGGUUAUUUUCCCCAAAAAUGUGAUCAUUUUUAAAGUUUGUUACACUUGUGUUGUAUCUGCUCGAAAAUGACCGUUCUACAAAAAACUGCUUAUAACUCUUGUGUUAUGCUAUAUUAUUAGAGCUUAUGAACAUCAGUUUUUGAGUACAUUUUGACAAAAUUAUUCACAGAUAAUGCUUUUUCACUCAAAAAACGAGGUGUAUGAGUUCAGAUCAAUUAGCUCCAAAACAAAAAAAAUU